GCUCUACAAGGGACUCACGUUCUUGGCAUUGAAUGUUCUGAUCUCAAAGUCAGCGAAAGGCAUGGAGCUGGUGGUGGUGAUCUCCAUCUUCUUGUCCUGAGUCUCAAACACGUCUCCAAUGUUGUCUGCCCAGUACUGCUCACACUUGCGCUGAGGGACAGAGGAGGAAUGGGGUGGAAGAGGUAUGAUGCAAGCCAAAUCCCAUAAUACUAUUGGGGGAUAUACCAAUAAGAACAGUGGUUGAGGGUUAAGAGGUAUGGUCAGCCAAAUUCCAUUGCCCCAUACAUCACUAUUAAUCUCUAAUACCACACUACACUAAUGUGCUAAUAAGGUAUGCAUCCACAAUGGUUCCAGACACAUGCUUUCCCACACUUUUGUCUCUAUAGCAGUUGGAAUGGAGUUAACAGCUAGCAGGCAGGGUUAAAACAACAGGUGGUCUUAUGUA